AUGAGGUCAACUCUUGCAUUGGACACUGUUGAUAAGCCUGAGACGCGGAACUGCUUUCCCAUGAAAAGUAGAAGUAAACGGAGAAAAGAAGAGAUUGAAAAGCAAGCAGGGAUGAUGAGAACCAGGUCCCAAGGAAAGCUGAGAUUCGGUAUUGCCAACAGAGAAAAGUCGCACAUCAUGGAGAAGGCUGUGAAGGGGACUCAGCGCCCAGACGCUGCUACAGAUGACAUUUUCACUCAGUGCCAGAGGGGCAACGUGGUGGCCGUUCACCUGUGGCUGAACAACAUGGAGAACGACCUCAACCAGGGGGGUGAUCAUGGCUUCUCCCCCUUGUACUGGGCCUGCCAAGAGGGCUGUUCUGCUGUGGUUGAGAUGCUAAUCAUACGGGGGACACAAAUCAAUGUGAUGAACCAUAGGGAUGACACCACACUGCACCUGGCAGCCAGUCAUGGACACCGUGAUAUUGUGCAGAAGCUGCUGCAGUAUAAAGCUGACAUCAAUGCAAUGAACAAGCAUGGAAAUGUGCCUUUGCACUAUGCCUGUUUUGGGGGCCAUGAUCAGGUUGCAGAGGACCUGGUGGCUAAUGGGGCCCUUGUCAGCAUUUGUAACAAGUAUGGACUGAUGCCUGUGGACAAAGCCAAGGCAACCCUGAGAGAGCUCCCCCAAGAGCAUGCAGAGAAGAUGGGCCACAACCCUAACCAUAUUCUAUACAAGGACACAUUCUGGAAGGGAACGACCCGCACUCGGCCCAGAAAUGGGACUCUGAACAAACACUUUGGCAUUGACUUCAAACAGCUCAACUUUCUGGCAAAGCUCGAUGAGAAUCACUCUGGAGAACUAUGGAAGGGCCGUUGGCAGGGAGUGCUAAAGGUUCAAGACUGGAGUACAAGGAAGAGCAGGGACUUCAGUGAGGAGUGUCCCCGCCUCAGGAUUUUCUCGCAUCCAAAUGUGCUCCCAGUGCUAGGUGCCUGUCAGUCUCCACCUGCUCCUCACCCCAACUUCAUCGCAUACUCGAUGCCUCCAGUCAUGUUACUACCCCAGCCAUGGGGUCCAUCCCCUUCCCCCAUCCUUACCACUGCAGCCCCCAAAAGAGCUAGGCUCAGAGCUUUGUCACUUGCCACAGAGUAUCUCCCAGUAUGGGAGGGACCAGCCCUGCCUUGUCACAAUAAAGUUUAUUGUGAAAAAGAAAAAAAAAAAGAUUUGAAGUGGUCCUCAAUGAAAGACAUAUCUGCACAGAAAAAAGAAACAAGAAUCAAAAUAGUUUCAAGCUGA